AUUCAGCUAAUUCCGAUUCUCCCCAAAAUAAUAGUAACAUCUUGAAGGUGCCGGUGUGGUGCAUGUACUGCAACGGAAGGAAGGUCGGGUUUGCAAUGAGGCGCGAGUUGACCGUGGGGGACCUGGGCAUGCUCAAGCUCAUGUCAUCGGUUUCAGUGGGCGCUGGGGUCCUGCCAGAGACCACUGGUACUGGUGGUGACCUCGUCAUGUAUCUUCGGGCCAACUUCCAACGAGUCAUUGGAUCUGCUGACUCUCAGUCCUUCCACAUGAUUAACCCGGAUAACCUUGGAAACUCUGGCCAGGAGCUUAGUGUAUUUCUUCUCAGAUCAACAAAUUAACACCACCACCCACCCACCAUUGAUCAUUGCGUCAUCUGAAGGGAAAAAAAGAGGAUCAUGAACUCGUGGUGCUCAUGAUUGUGCAGGAACAUGUGGGCCUCAAGGCUUCAUAUCUGUGCUGACUUAACUAGAAAAUAUUCGCCGAGUAUAUAUUAAUACCAAUCUCCACUUUCAGAUCUGCCCGAAAUAAGAACUCUACCAUUAACUCUA